CUCUGUUUCACCACCUACAUCACACGGUUCCACUUCCUCUUCCUCUUCCUCGGCCCCUUUGGAUGCGCUUUGAGUCGUCGGCGCCCGAAGCCGCCGCCCGCUUCGUGCAGCGUUCGCCUCGAUCCAAACCUCCCGGCCGCUGACGCCGCCGUCAUGGCGAGCCACCCGCCCCCGCCCCCGUCGGAGGGCCUAGGCGACGAUUUCUUGGAGCAAAUCCUCUCCAUGCCCUCGUCCUUUGGCGGUGGGGAUGACGCCUCGCUGGCAGCCGGGAUGGCCCUCCAUCGGAGCUCCGGCGAUGGGUCCUCCGUCGCCGCCCGCGGGGGCGGGGCGUUCCCCCUGGGGCUGAGCCUGGAACAGGGGUCCUCGACCGGGAAGCGGCUCUUCGAGGGGCAGAACACGAAGAUGAAUCCUGCGCCUUCGUUUCCCAAUUGGCAGUCUGGUGUUGGGGGUGAAUUUGAGUUGGGAAGCUCACUGGGUGUGGCUGUGGAGCAGGAGAGGGAUUCGAUGCAGUUGGCGGGAUUGUUCCCGCCGGGCUUUGGGCACAUCCAUCCUCAUCAAAUCCGGUCUAAUCCUCCUCCGCAGGCUUUCCAUGGACAAGUGAAACAAGGUGGAGUCACUACAGUGCCACAGCCUCCAGCCCCACGACCAAAGGUGCGAGCCAGGCGUGGCCAAGCCACAGAUCCUCAUAGCAUUGCAGAGCGGCAACGGAGAGAAAGAAUAGCAGAAAGACUAAGGGCUUUGCAGGAAUUGGUCCCCAACACUAAUAAGACUGAUAGAGCAGCCAUGCUUGAUGAGAUUCUAGACUAUGUAAAGUUUUUGAGGCUGCAAGUGAAGGUCCUAAGCAUGAGCAGAUUAGGUGGUGCAGGUGCUGUUGCCCAGCUGGUAGCUGAUAUUCCAGUGUCAGUUGAGGGGGAAACUAGCGAGGGCGGGAGCACACAGCAUAUUUGGGAGAAGUGGUCAACAGAUGGCACAGAACGGCAAGUUGCCAAACUUAUGGAAGAAGAUAUUGGAGCUGCAAUGCAAUUCCUUCAAUCCAAAUCCCUCUGCAUGAUGCCAAUUUCACUUGCCAUGGCAAUCCUUGACACACAUCACCAGUCUGAAUCCAAGACAGUCAAGCCUGAACCAAAUACCCCUUCAUAGGACCGAGCAAUCAACAAGAACUCUAUAGCGACAGCAAAUACGUGUCUCCAUUAGUAUGUAGAAACCAGCACUCUCCGACCUUCAACGGCAUGUUGGAUGUGACCUAAAAGGUCCUGUGUGUCGCGCAAGUGCCAGAUGAUGUCAUUCUCCUGUUUACUUUCCCCUACUUUUGAUGAAGGUGUUAUUAUUACAAUCCCACGGUAAAGAUUCUACUCGAUUACCUAAAUAUCUCAAUGUAUCUCUAAGUGAGAGAGGUUAGCUGCCAAAGUGCUCACUUGCUCUUAAUUGUUUGGUCGGGUACUGUAAUGCACUAAGCUUAUUACUUUUGGGUGGGGAUUGCUGUAUUGUAGUGUAGUGGGCAGCAUGCUUGAUGAGUGUGGAUUUACACACUUUUCAUAGAAAUGGAAAGCAAGUUUGACAUGAUCAUUGAUGAUAAUGAUCGCGAUGUUAUAUUUUUCUAUCA